AUGCUUAGGGAUAUUCUCAUCCUCUCAAUCGCGGCGGCGGUAGCCUUGGCGCUGCCACGUGGGAUCACGGUAAUUCCGAGAGGCACUGCGGACACCGUCACACCACUGACGGCGCUGUCUUCUUCGCCUGGUGCUGUGGCCGCGAGGCAAGCCCCAGCCGCCGCCGUUCCAUUGAGAAUCAUGUCCCUCGGUGCAUCCGUGACGUUCGGGACUGGAUCCUCGACGGGCAAUAGCUAUCGCAAGGACCUCCGUGACCAGCUGGUGGCCGCGGGCCAGACAGUGAACUUCGUUGGCGAGUUCGUGAACGGGAACUUCACCAACAGGCAGGUGGAGGCCACGCCAGGUUUCGUCAUCAGCCAAAUUGCCAACUCCUCGAAUGUCAAUGUGCCCAAGUUCCUGCCCAACCUGGUCCUUCUCGACGCAGGCACCAACAACUGCAAUUCUGGAGGGGCUGUCCCUGACGCAGGUGCCAAUGUGUCGUCUCUUAUCAACAGUAUCUACACCCAGAGCCCCGGAUCAACAGUCAUAUUGGCUUCGGUCUUGGUGAACAAGGUCCCAGCGCAGGAAGCUUGUCGGGUGGAUGUGAACAACCAGUACAAUGCGCUCGCAACGCAGCUGACGGGUCAGGGAGCCAAGUUUGUUUUGGCGGACAUGAGAAGCCCAGAGGGCCCAACCACCAACGACUUGGCCGACACGAGGCACCCGAAUGACGUUGGCUAUCAGAAGGUGGCAAAUGUUUGGAUGCAGGGCAUCCAGCAGGCGCUCUCGAAGGGCUUCAUCACGGCGGCGGCGGACAACGGCAUUCCUGCUGAUGGUGGGGCUUGA